CUAGGUUUUAAGCAGAGUGAGGCAAUGGCUCUCUUCUUCUACGGCAAUGACAAUGGCGGCGUCUUCGAUCCCUUCCCGGAGCUCUCGUCCAUCUUGUCCGGCGGGGGCAACGAGCCCUCCAAGCAGGUCGCCAGGGACGCGAGCGCCGCCGCCAACACCCGCGUGGAUUGGCUCGAGACGCCCGACGCCCACGUCUUCAAGGCCGAUCUCCCAGGGCUGAGCAAGGAGGACGUGAAGAUCACGGUGGAGCACGGGCGCACCCUCCAGAUCAGUGGCGAGAGGAAGAUGCACGAGGCCCAGAAGACCGACAAGUGGCACCGCGUGGAGCGCAGCUAUGGCAGCUUCAUGAGGAAAUUCCGGCUGCCGGAGAAUGCCAAUGUGGACGGGAUCAAGGCCCAAGUGGAGAAUGGGGUUCUCACUGUCACGGUUCCAAAGGUCGCCAAGCCACAGCCAAGAACGAUCCAAGUAGAGUAGAGAAGCCUGUAGAAAGAUGGAACGAGAAUUUAGGGUUCUUGAUAGUUUCAUUCUUUCCUUGAUCUCUGCGAAGGAAUGCACACGAUCCUGCCAGACCACAGCCAAGAACGAUCCAAGUAGAGUAGAAAAGGAAGAAUCCCCCUCUAGAAAGAAAUGUUUGAAUGGAACGAGAGUUUAGGGUUCUUGAUGGCUAUAGUUUCAUUUUUUC